AUGCUUGCAGCUUCAGCAUUUACCCAAGCUGGUGGCAAUGAGCAUUUCGAAGCCGUUGCUGCUAAACAUACAAAUUUGAGGCAAGAGUACAUAUUUAACAACUCUCGUUUUGUGAUGCUCGAACUGUUUGGGGGAGCAGAACCAUAUGAAUCAGAGCGACUCCUCAUGCUUCAACAAUUACGCAAGAGAGCAGAGGAGGAACUGGGCAGGCUACGAGAAGUGCUCCAUAACACAAGGCACAGUUGGGUAAAACUGCAGCUUGAAGAGGCAAUGCUUUCGAGAAUCCGAGCUGCAGCAAAGGAGAGCUAUGAUUUGCUGAAGCUUAGUAUGAAGAAAGAAGAGGAAGAAGCAACAGAGGAGGGGGCAGCGCGGAUGGUAGAGAUCGCUACGUGCGACCAGCGCAUGCAUGUUCUAGAAGUACAAGAAGCACUGGAGCUGCAGGAACACCUUGCUUCCACGCAGCAAUUGUUGGCUGCAGCAGACAAACAGUUUCAGAGCGCUCUGACUGCAGCACUCACAGAGAGCAACGAUUUUAGGGGAUUCACGUGGAGAGAGGCUGAGGAGAUCAAACACGAGGUAGAGGCCCUGAGAAGGAGCCUGGAUCAACACCUGACCAAGAUUCGAGAAACAUUUCAGAAUAACACGGAAGAUCUGGAGCAACAGUGCAAUGCCGAACUAUGGAAACUUGGAGACUCGCUGGACCUACGUGGAAACGUGGCAAUUCAUGAAGUGGAGGAGCAAAAGUCCCUCCACAUAAAUAUGCUGAAGGCAUUUAAUGAUGAAGCAAUCAGCAAGCUUAAGACAUACUAUCAAGGCAUUGCACGAGAUAAUCUGCAGCUUGUCAAGAAGCUACGCGAUGAAAAUGGAGCGACAGCGGCUAACAACAAACGACUUAAGAAGGAAAUCGAUGAGACGUCACUUCAGAGUGCGCAAAUUCGGAAGCCACUGCAAGACCAGGAAGCCCUUAGGGCGCGCCUCAAGGUCCAGCUUCGCUUUAUUGAAAACGACAAAUUGGUCCUUCGUAAUCUGAGGAGAAGAAACCAACAGAUAAAAAGGCAGAUUGAGAAUGCCCGCAUGGAAGUACGGAGCUUAGAAUAUCAAACAAAAGAAACUAACCGCACCAUUGGGAAAUUGCAGGAAGAAAUCUCGCACAUUCGUCACAGUGGUGGCGGGUUACCAGCAGUCAAAGGAAUAUUGAUGCAUCUAUCCAUGAAAGAGGCUCUUGAAAAGCUGGAAUCAAGCUUGCAUGUAAUAGAGUAUGCAAAGCAGAGCUGCGAAGGCUCUGCAGAACCCACGGGGGGCCUGGUCAGGGAUGCUAUCAUGAACUACAACUGGUGCAAAAGUAGUUUGCACAAGAAGCUGACAAAAAGUACUGCCGCAUACAGCAACUUGGUAGCUUCUAUGCGCUCAUGUCUUAACGGCCUCUACGUGCCAUGUCCUUCUCUCGAUACGGACGGGGUGGAGCUUGAGGAGUCGUCGCCCGCUACAAUUCAACAUGAGACGAAAUCAUCACCAGCAAGCCUAUGCCCACCUGGAUCGACCGAAGAAGCUCCUAGACUGCUCAAUGCAUCGCACUGA